AUGUCUUCAUCUGUGAAAUCCACUGCUGCUGAGCAUGCUGCUAGCUGCCGUGAUUGCCGACCUACUGAGAGGGCUCAAUAUGUUGCUGAGACUCACAAGGACAAAGAAAAUCAUCAAUGCCAGCAGGUCGAUAAAGCCCAGGAACGCCAAGAAAAGGCUUGCCAAAAGGCCAGCAAGGCUGCCGAACGUGAGGCAUACCAGAAAGACAGAUGUACAGCACUCUCUGACACCCCUCCACAGGGGUCUGUUGCUCCGUCAGUUCAUGACCCUGGGUUUACGAGUCAAAGUGUCUUGACACCGGUGAGGGAAAACUUAGUUGCACGUAAAAGUGUAGUGCCCCCUGCGCCACACAGGAUUUCUAUGGGGAAGACACCACGCCCCAACACUUUGACACCUGAAAAGGCUGCCGAGCUUUUGUGCCUACGUGAUGCUGUUCUUGCCGAGCAAGCACAUAGUCCUGUAGUUGCAAUGUCUCAUGGUGUUUCCCGCCCUGCUUUGGGUCUCAACCACAUUGUUACUCACUCUCCCAGCCCUACUGAUGAAGAUCUAUUUGAUGACGCUAUUGCAGGACUGGCAGACUUCGAGAUGGAUGGUGAACCUAUGGACGAAGGUAGUACCACUAUUCGUACAAUCUUCAGUGUUGCUUGGGCACUAUAUUGUGGCCAUCUCUGCAUGGAGGGAGCUAUGCCUGAUCGUAUGCAGGAGGUCACUUGGGUGAAGUUAGCAUGGAAUGAGGCAUGUAAGAGGUUGCAGACUUGUGUUGCUUACGAUGCCGAAAUCAUUAAAAUGAUCACCUCCCAAGGCUCUCACUUUCAUGGCGAGGUCAAGAGUAAAGUCCAGCCAUACAUUGCGGACGAGUAUGGGUUUGAGACAAGUACAAAGCAAUUCGUGAUUGAUCGCAGCAUUAUGCUCACGCGGGAGCUCAAGAAGAAUUUCGCUUUUGUUUAUAAGACUUGCUCUGCUGAUGGUAACAAAGGAUUGUAUGGUUCAAAGAUCAUCCAGAAGGCGGUGAAUACAAUGUGGUUUUGUGAUAAGAAAGAUGAAGGUGUGCUAUAUCCUGAGUUCUACAAACCAUUCCCAGAGGUUGGGCUCACAUUGCUCUUGACUGCAAUUGAAAGCUGCAUUGACGAGUGGAGCACCGGUGCUCAAUCAAACAAGAUGUUCACCGUGGAUGAGUAUCAGGGUGUGCUCGAUGAGCAUCUCAAUAACCUCACAGAUUUUGAUGAGCAUACCAAGGCUCAAGGCCUGCUUCCAAAGUUGUUGUCACAUCUUCAUGACAGUGGCUGCGUCCAUUCAAAGGCAGACCCACUUGGUCACGACACUGGCUGCACCAUGGCACGUAGCACAUUUGAUGCCGCCAUCAAAGAGUACAAUGACCAUGGGGGUGUCUUUAGUGAUUCCGGGGAUGAUGAGUAG